UAUAAACAGCAUGGAUUACAUUAACAGGCCUCCCUGGGUGAGUAGCGUCUCUUUUGCCUACCUUACGCUCACCCCAUGGUUAUAUAACCUUUUGAACGGAAUUUGGAAAUUCCUCUGACCCUGCCCUGCUUGCUGAUAGAGUUGAGCCAGUGGCUGGCAGGGGCAUAAUCUAAUAGGCGAAACUGGAAACACACAAAUUCACAGUCCUCUUUUCUCAGCCCAGAGACUGUACAGGCAAGGAAAGAAAGACUCGCCCCAUCUCCCUCCUCCCCUCCUCUGGCCUAAGUUGCCGCUGACUUCACCCAACAGGCACCUGACCCUCCCAGAUGAGCUGGGAGGGGCUAAAGCCUGGUGCAGCCAUGGUAGGGGUGGAGGUACAGGCAGCAAACAAUAUUUAAGAUGCUGACUUGUGGAGCAUUCGGGCUUGGGAAGGAAAGCUAUAGGCUACCCAUUCAGCUCCCCUGUCAGAGACUCAAGUUUUGAGAAAGGCUAGCAAAGAGCAAGGAAAGAGAGAAAACAACAAAGUGGCGAGGCCCUCAGAGUGAAAGCGUAAGGUUCAGUCAGCCUGCUGCAGCUUUGCAGACCUCAGCUGGGCAUCUCCAGACUCCCCUGAAGGAAGAGCCUUCCUCACCCAAACCCACAAAAGAUGCUGAAAAAGCCUCUCUCAGCUGUGACCUGGCUCUGCAUUUUCAUCGUGGCCUUUGUCAGCCACCCAGCGUGGCUGCAGAAGCUCUCUAAGCGCAAGACACCAGCACAGCCACAGCUCAAAGCGGCCAACUGCUGUGAGGAGGUGAAGGAGCUCAAGGCCCAAGUUGCCAACCUUAGCAGCCUGCUGAGUGAACUGAACAAGAAGCAGGAGAGGGACUGGGUCAGCGUGGUCAUGCAGGUGAUGGAGCUGGAGAGCAACAGCAAGCGCAUGGAGUCGCGGCUCACAGAUGCUGAGAGCAAGUACUCCGAGAUGAACAACCAAAUCGACAUCAUGCAGCUGCAGGCAGCGCAGACGGUCACUCAGACCUCCGCAGAUGCCAUCUACGACUGCUCUUCCCUCUACCAGAAGAACUACCGCAUCUCUGGAGUGUAUAAGCUUCCUUCUGAUGACUUCCUGGGCAGCCCUGAACUGGAGGUGUUCUGUGACAUGGAGACUUCAGGCGGAGGCUGGACCAUCAUCCAGAGACGAAAAAGUGGCCUUGUCUCCUUCUACCGGGACUGGAAGCAGUACAAGCAGGGCUUUGGCAGCAUCCGUGGGGACUUCUGGCUGGGGAACGAACACAUCCACCGGCUCUCCAGACAGCCAACCCGGCUGCGUGUAGAGAUGGAGGACUGGGAGGGCAACCUGCGCUACGCUGAGUAUAGCCACUUUGUUUUGGGCAAUGAACUCAACAGCUAUCGCCUCUUCCUGGGGAACUACACUGGCAAUGUGGGGAACGACGCCCUCCAGUAUCAUAACAACACAGCCUUCAGCACCAAGGACAAGGACAAUGACAACUGCUUGGACAAGUGUGCACAGCUCCGCAAAGGUGGCUACUGGUACAACUGCUGCACAGACUCCAACCUCAAUGGAGUGUACUACCGCCUGGGUGAGCACAAUAAGCACCUGGAUGGCAUCACCUGGUACGGCUGGCAUGGAUCUACCUACUCCCUCAAACGGGUGGAGAUGAAAAUCCGCCCGGAAGACUUCAAGCCUUAAAAGGAGGCUGCCGUGGAGCACGGAUACAGAAACUGAGACACGUGGAGACUGGAUGAGGGCAGAUGAGGACAGGAAGAGAGUGUUAGAAAGGGUAGGACUGAGAAACAGCCUAUAAUCUCCAAAGAAAGAAUAAGUCUCCAAGGAGCACAAAAAAAUCAUAUGUACCAAGGAUGUUACAGUAAACAGGAUGAACUAUUUAAACCCACUGGGUCCUGCCACAUCCUUCUCAAGGUGGUAGACUGAGUGGGGUCUCUCUGCCCAAGAUCCCUGACAUAGCAGUAGCUUGUCUUUUCCACAUGAUUUGUCUGUGAAAGAAAAUAAUUUUGAGAUCGUUUUAUCUAUUUUCUCUAAGGCUUAGGCUAUGUGAGGGCAAAAUACAAAUCCCUUUGCUAAAAAGAACCAUAUUAUUUUGAUUCUCAAAGGAUAGGCCUUUGAGUGUUAGAGAAAGGAGUGAAGGAGGCAGGUGGGAAAUGGUAUUUCUAUUUUUAAAUCCAGUGAAAUUAUCUUGAGUCUACACAUUAUUUUUAAAACACAAAAAUUGUUCGGCUGGAACUGACCCAGGCUGGACUUGCGGGGAGGAAACUCUAGGGCACUGCAUCUGGCGAUCAGACUCUGAGCACUGCCCCUGCUCGCCUUGGUCAUGUACAGCACUGAAAGGAAUGAAGCACCAGCAGGAGGUGGACAGAGUCUCUCAUGGAUGCUGGCACAAAACUGCCUUAAAAUAUUCAUAGUUAAUACAGGUAUAUCUAUUUUUAUUUACUUUGUAAGAAACAAGCUCAAGGAGCUUCCUUUUAAAUUUUGUCUGUAGGAAAUGGUUGAAAACUGAAGGUAGAUGGUGUUAUAGUUAAUAAUAAAUGCUGUAAAUAAGCAUGUCACUUUGUAAAAAUAAAAUAUUGUGGUUCUGUUUUAAACAUUCAACGUUUCUUUUCCUUCUACAAUAAACACUUUCAAAACGUGA